CCUGGCGUCGUCGUCCUCCCAUCAGGCCUGCAGUACAAGAUCCUCAAGUCCGGGCCACCAGAUGGGCCGACGCCGCGGCUCAACGAGAUGUGCACCGUGCAUUACGACGGUGAGCUCAUCGACGGCUGGACCUUCGACUCGAGCCGCCGGCGCAAGCAGCCAAGCCGCUUCCGCCCGUCGGGCGUGAUUCGCGGGUGGAAGGAGGGCUUGCAGCUGAUGAGACCCGGCGACCGCUGGAUGCUCUACGUGCCGGCCAAGCUGGGGUACGGUUUCGGAGAUAUGAAGGCCGGCGGUCGCAUCCCCGGCGGUGCGACGCUCAUCUUUGACAUCGAGCUGCUC